CGGAAGCAGUUGUUCUGCUCUUUAAGCCGGUCUGGGAAAAAAGGGGAGAGACGCCAUGCUGCUUUCCGCCGUGUCUCUUGCCAAGAGCAAGUCAAAAACCAUUCUGGUGAGACUGGUGAGCCAAGCCGGGACAGGUUUCGGCUUUAACCACAAGAGAAGCCGCCAGCGAGAGAAGCUGACCCUUUUGCACUAUGAUCCAAUAGUGAACAAAAAAGUUCUCUUCGUGGAACAGAGAAAAAUCCGCUCCCUCUGAGCAGAGGAUUGAAAAUGAAUUUGAUUCAUAAACGAGAAGACCAAGGGUGAGCGCCGGUUCUAACUGCAGUGUGCACUGAAGACGAAACUACAGUGUGGUGAGAUGAAGGCUAGUGUGAAGGAACAAUGUGGAGAAAGAAAGUUCUUCACAGAGACCAGAUAUAUCUGCUUUAAUAGGCCUUAAUAAAAAAAUAUCUAAAUCUCC